CGUCUGGAACGAGCCAGGAACCGCCCCUUGGAAAAUGUGUACACUCCGGGAUAGUAAUAGUCAUUACGUUCAGCUCAUAACAGACAGCGUUUUCUGCUGCUUUUUAUAAAAUUGCGUCGUAGUUGUAGGCUGGCGGGUUUUUUUCUCUCUCUCUAUAUAUAUAUAAACAUAGCUGCUCAACAUGGAGUUUAGCUCGACGCUCGUCUUCCCCGACCAAAAAGUCGGACUACAACCGUUGCUUUCGUCCAGCAGCUAGCGUCUACUUUGAACCUCCGGCUUCUUCUUUCACCGAGCUCUCCAGCCGAGUUUAGCUAGCUUUCAUUAACGGUUCAUUUCGCGCGCGCAUACAUCUGUAGUUAGUGAUUUACAAACAGCCUCACAAACAUGUCCCACGUCAAGUGUUGAGAGUUUUCGUUGUUGACUUGUGAAAAUGAGGUCUCCUCUGGCUCCCGGCAUUCGCCUCAUCACGUCCUUUUCCCGGGAUAGCUGGUAUCGUGGAUUCAUUCUUUUCCUCACUUUUCUCUUCUACACGGCCUACCAUCUCUCCCGGAAACCAAUCAGUAUUGUAAAGAGCGAGCUCCACAGAAACUGCUCCACAGUAAUCAGACCUCCAGGUAUCAACAUCACUAACAAUGAGACCUGGUGUGACUGGAUGCCCUUCGACCAGAACAACUAUCAAACUCUGUUUGGGGUCUUGGAUAACUCCUUCUUGGUUGCUUACGCCAUCGGCAUGUUUAUUAGUGGUAUUUUCGGAGAGCGGCUGCCUCUGCGGUACUACCUAAGCUUUGGGAUGGUGACGAGCGGGCUCUUUACAUGUCUGUUUGGACUGGGUUUCUACUGGAACAUCCAUUCAUUAGGGUACUAUGCCUUUGUCCAGGUCAUGAACGGACUCAUGCAGACCACCGGUUGGCCUUCGGUCGUGGCUUGUGUGGGAAACUGGUUUGGAAAGGGGAAGCGGGGAUUCAUCAUGGGCGUGUGGAACUCACACACCUCUGUGGGAAACAUCUUGGGGUCUCUCAUCGCUGGAGCCUUUGUCUCCUCCGCGUGGGGAAUGUCCUUCAUCGUCCCUGGACUCAUCAUUGCUUCCACUGGGAUCCUGUGCUUCUUCUUCCUUGUUGAAAAACCUGAAGAUGUGAACUGCAGUCCUCCUCAGCAUCAUAGUGAGAAGGAGAACGAGGAGACGGAGCCUCUGCUGCAGAACGUACCAAACGGCAACCCAACCAUCAACGGCGGCGUCACCGCAGAGUCUGCAGUGACUGUGCACGAUCACACAGAGGCUAUUAGCUUCACUGGAGCGCUCUGCAUACCUGGAGUGGUGGAGUUCUCGCUCUGUCUGCUGUUUGCUAAACUGGUCAGCUACACGUUUCUUUACUGGCUUCCUCUCUACAUCUCCAAUGUUGCCCAUUUUGAGGCGAAACAAGCUGGAGAUAUGUCGACAUUAUUCGACGUAGGAGGAAUUCUGGGAGGAAUCUUCGCCGGCCUCGUGUCAGACUACACGGGUGGAAGAGCGUCCACCUGUUGCGUCAUGCUCAUCGCUGCUGCUCCCAUGCUUUUCCUCUACAAUUCCAUCGGACAAAGAAAUCUUGGAACAACAAUAGGGAUGCUGCUGGUGUGUGGAGGCCUGGUGAAUGGACCGUACGCCCUCAUAACCACGGCGGUGUCUGCAGAUCUGGGAACUCACGAGAGUCUGAGAGGGAACUCCAGAGCGUUAUCAACCGUGACCGCCAUCAUCGACGGGACCGGAUCAAUAGGCGCCGCGUUAGGUCCUCUGCUCGCUGGUGUGAUCUCUCCCACUGGCUGGAACAACGUCUUCUACAUGCUCAUCACCGCCGACAUCCUGGCCUGUCUAUUCUUGACCAGACUCGUCUACAAAGAGGUUCGGGGCUGGUGCGGACACAGCUCCCGAGCCAGAGGGGUCAAAGACAUUUGAAAUCAAGCAAAAAUGGAAAGAAGCAGCAACAAAAUGGAUCUGAGUGGAAACACAAACGUCAAGGCACUACUCUGUCAACGGAAGCCUUCUCACUGUAAAACAGAACCGUGUCUUUUUUAAAGACUAAAAUCAUUCUUUUUUUUUACUGCUUUACUCCCCAUCUUAACAUUUUAUUUUAUCAAUAACAUGUAAAUAUGUCAUUUUAAUUAAUGGGUUUUAUCUGUAAAUUUGUGUUGUAAUAUGUAAAGAAAAAAAAAAGCUUUUUUCUGAUCUUAUUUUCUGCAGGAAGUCUACCUGAAGAAAGUCUGUGUGACUGCUUCCUUCAAAGUGCUUUAAUCUUUCUAUGAAAGUUUUAUUUUCAGACAUUUUCUGGUGAGGUUUGGACAUUUCACUGUUGGAUACAAUAAUGGGAAAGAUGAGAAAAUCUACAAUCCUCCCUCCAAAGGGGAACGUUUUCUUUGUUUUCUAAGCCGACAAAUAAGCAGAUUGUUCAUAAAACGUGUUGUUAACAGCCAUCAUGACGUCUCUGAAAAGCAAAACAAAUCACUUUUUGACUGAAAAAUGCAAAAAAAAUAAAUAAAAGUAUUCAACCUCC